AGUAUUUAGAUGAAAGAACAAGCUUGUCAAGGCACUGAGUGCGCUUGUUCUUAUUUACUCAGCAUCUUCAUAGUUGGUGACGGCGGCGGUCUGUCAUCAGCGGGGCUCUUGUUCCGCGGUUACGAAAUUCGUGAAGUAGAAUUCGUAACCGCGGAACAAGAGCCCCGCUGAUCAACAGAAUACAGUGGGGACAUCAAAUAUAGUUGAACUUUAUGGUCAGAACCAUGUUCCCUUGCUGAGCUUCAGGUUUAAGAAUUCUAGUAUUGCAGCUUUACAACACUACAACUUCUAGUACUACAAAAGGAAUGAUUUUAGAUAUCAAUUGUCAGUUAUUUAACUCAUCGAUUUCGGUUGGUUCAUUACUCGUUUGAUCAAGCAUGUUUUUUAAGCAACUCAGUGAACAGCGCAAUUACGAUAUUCUUCACCUUGUAGUCCUACAGAUUCUAAUAGCAUGUAAAGAGUUUAUUUUCAUUGUUGCCACGAUAGUCCUUGCAAAGUUAUGAAUAACAUUAUGUAAGAGUAAGUAGAUUAACAGCCUCAGACGAGAUAGCAAAUACACUAGCUAGAGCUUUUUAGGAUGUUGACCGCAUUCGCAUUGCUCACAAGAAUGAACGGUCAGCAAAGGAUAGGUUGAAAAAUUAUGUUCUGGCUAUUUUCGCAGUAUGAAUACGCUUACAUUUGUUGUCAUCUCGGAGUAUGAAAAGCACUCGCGUUGUCUAAAGAUGUUCUCCAAAAAACAGAGUCUUAUGACUUCUUCGACAAAGAUGAGAAGAAAGAUUAAGACGGAUAUUCAAGUUAUGUUAGUUACUUAGAGCAAUUAUUGAAAUCGAGUUCGCGAGUUUCUGGAUCACCUAUUAUGUUUAUCGCAAGUUUUUAAACUACUACCUCCAAUCAGCGGCCUCUGUGAAGUCCAAUAUCAUCCAUUACGCUUGAAUAUGCAUAUUGUCAUUCGUGCUGUGCUAUUUCUAUUUCGUCAUCUCAGUUCUUGUGCUCCCUCAAUUCAUAUCGGGCUAUUAUCUCGUACUGCCACUUCCUCAUCGUCCUCAAAGUGGUAAAAAUAUGAAACAGAAAAUUUGUUGCAGCAUCGACCCAGUAUUGUUCUGAAGAUUCGACUUCAAAAGAGAAUGUGUGUGAGAUUACUAUCCCUGUUUUGUCAUCAUGUACAUCUUCAAGUGUCCUCUCCUUCUCCUCGCAAAUACAGCAAUGAACUAACUACCACGACCACGGCUAUCACGAGUAACGUCGAACUCUCUGCCUUGUUGUAUAUGAAGCAAUCACCUGAAACGCAAAACUACAAAGAAAUUGUACAGCUAUCGCAUUCGAUAUCCACUCUUCAACUGAAAAAUUGCUUCCACGACCUGAUGUCCUUGUCCAAGAAUCAAAAAUGUUUAUGUUGGCUACUGCAUCUUUCUACACCAAGAACUAAGGAAUCCCAAAUCCAUGGACCCAUAUUCGAGAUCAAAAUGUGCUCACAAUCAAAAGUUAAGCCACCUUGAAAGGAGAGUCGUGGAAGAGACAAGGAAUUUCAUUUUGUUCCUGCUCAGCUCUUGCACACGGCACUAGUAGUUUUCUAGUCUCCGGUGGGUUCGACAAGUAGGAUAAUAUUUUGCAGCUUUUGAGAAGUCGUGGAGGAUGUUGCCACCAUAGUCGCUGAACAAGUAAC